AUGCACAUAUCAAAUCUUGACAUCCCAAUGUUCAAGUUGCAUGACAUGAUUGGGAACUCACUGAGUCAGAAUAAGUCUGUGGCACUUAGAGGUAUUGGGCACCAUGACCAAGAUGUCGAGUUGACACUUGAAUACCUGGAAGAACAAUAUGCAAUCUCCCCAAAUAGGGCUGUAUGGAUUCAUGGUAGCAUCAGUCCUCUUUACAUACCACUUGCACAGGUGUUGUUGCCAGACUGUGUGAGCAUUGUGCAUGGGUGGAAUGAAAACACAUAUGACAUCCCAAUCACAUCAAGUGUUCACCCAGAAAACUUCACAGUCAAGGGCUGGGGGCUUGUAUACCAUGCUGGAUACAUCACAUAUCUGCACCACAAUGCUGAGGGGAUCUUGAUGUGGUUAAUAAUGGAUGUAGGGGUGAAGUUCUGGGUCUUAUUAUGCCCAAAGGAUUGA